AAAUGAUGGUUGAAAUACCCACAAUUCCUGAAUUCUACCGCAAUAAAACCGUCUUCAUAACCGGUGGCAGUGGUUUCAUCGGAAAAGUCCUCAUCGAGAAGCUCCUUCGAUCGUGUCCAAACCUGAAGACCAUCUACUUACUCUUGAGAGAAAAAAAGGGUCAAACUCCUUACGAAAGAGUCAAAACCAUCAUCGAUUUGCCACUCUUCGACGUACUCAAAUCAAAAAACCUUGAUUCUCUGGACAAAAUUAAGACCGUCGUUGGCGAUGUGCGGGAGCUGGAUUUAGGGUUGAAUCUUCAGGAACGACAACUGUUGAUCGAUGAAGUGAAUGUCGUUUUUCAUGUAGCGGCGUCUGUGCGUUUCGACGAUAGCUUAACUGAUGCUGUCAUCAUGAACACGAGAGGGACUAGGGAGGUUGCUAAAUUGGUACUAGAGAUGAAGAAUUUGGAUGUUUUUGUUCACAUUUCGACGACUUAUUGCAACAGCGAUCGAAAGGUGGUCGAAGAAAAAUUGUAUCCUGUUGUUGCCGAAUGGGAGAAGACUAUAGAAAUAGCGGAAAACAUAGAUAGACAUACUUUGAACGUAUUGACCGAAAAGUAUAUACAUCCGCAACCAAAUACUUAUACUUUUGCGAAGUCUUUGGGCGAGCACGUAGUCUAUGAUAUGUGUAAUGGAAAAAUACCUCUUGUUGUUUAUCGACCUUCUGUUAUUAUCAGCACAGACAUUGAGCCCUUUUUUGGUUGGGUCGACAAUUUCAACGGUCCCGUAGCUCUCAUUGUAGGUUACGGAAAAGGCAUACUGCGCACACUUUACUCUGAUCCCAACAACAUGAUGGAUUAUGUGCCAGCUGACAUUACAGUGAAGGCGAUUAUCAUAUCAUCGUGGAAACAAGCCACAUACAAAGACGCGAACCAGAGACUCACUGCAUCAUUCUAUAACGGCAGUAAUAACGGUGUGAAAAACAUAAAUGUCCAAACCCUACUGGAUAUGGGACAAAAAGUAUGGAACGAAUCACCCUUCGAUUCCGUUUUAUGGUAUCCCAAAAUCAAAAUCACCAACUGUUACUACAGUUAUAUUUUUCGAAUGAUCAUGUAUCAACUUGUUCCGGCUUUGCUCGUCGACGGCUUGCUGAAACUAAUGGGCAAACAACCGAUGAUAACUAAAAUCCAGAGGAAGAUUCACGCUGCGUCUAUAGCUCUAGCUUACUUCACACACAACAACUGGACGUUUGUUAACCACAAAUUUUUGAAUUUACAGGACGAGUUGUUGCCUGCAGAUGCCCACGAUUUUAGGUUCCAGGAGUUCGUCACACCGAUGUAUCCAUUUUUGCUUAAUUGUUCUGUAGGUUUAAAAAAAUAUCUUUUAAAAGAAAGUAACGAUGCCGACAAAGCGAAGAAAAAUAUGCUGAAAAUGUGGGUGUUGGCACAAUUUGUCAAUUUUUUGUGGUAUUUGGGGUUGUUUUGGCUUGUAUUUAUUAGAAUUGGGAUUGUUUCCGUCGUAUUUGAUAUGUAUAACGAUAUAAUUUUGUAUUUUACAAGUGAUUAA